AUGGACCAAAGGUUGGAAAGGUUGGAGCAGAUGCAAAAGGAGGGUCAGUAUCAGGUGCAAGAGAAAUUAACCAAGAUCCAAAUAAAUAUGAGAGAACAAAUGUUAGAAUCCCAAAGGAACAUGAUGAAGCAGUUAACACAAUUACUGGCCGGAGGGUUAGGAAAAGGGAAGAUCCCUAUGAUCAAUACUGUAGACGACAAUGAGGAUCCUAUUUAUCCUCUAGGCUUUACCCCAACCGAUGCCCAAGUACAACCACAAAGGGUGUCCGUUAAUAUUAGGCCCCAAUAUCAGACCGACACUUCGGCACCGAUAAAUUUCCACAUGGGUUCAGGCUCCAACCCUGGAGACAACCCAGCAAAUCUGGUUGUCACUGACCUUGAUGACAUAGCCGAAAUAGGGAGGGCGAUAGUGGAGUUCCUAAAACAACUAGAAGACCGAUGCAAGUGGUUAGAAGAUAAAGCAUUGGAAACUGCUGAUUACUAUAGUGGGAUCGAUGCUAAGGAGUUGAGCCUAGUGCCAGAUUUGGUGCUCCCUCCAAAGUUUAAAGUACCAAAAUUUGAAAAAUAUAAUAGGACCAGCUGCCCUGAGGCUCACAUCACCAUGUUUUGUCGAAGGAUGACAGGAUAUGUUAACAACGAUAAGCUAUUGAUUCACUAUUUUCAAGAUAGCUUGACUGGAGCUGGGGCCAGGUGGUAUAACCAGCUAAAUCGUGCCUAA